AUAUAUAGUGGGCAUAUACCUGUUCCCAGCACUAACCAACAAACUGGCCACACUGUUAAUUUACCUAUCGCUGCAUAAACGCGCCAUUGCAUAUCUGGAUUGUUUUUAAGUCUUGUUCACAAAAGGGCGCCCAAAAAGGACCUAAUACAAUGAGGACAGGGGCAGCGGUUAUUUGCUUCCUGUUGGUGUUUCACAGCGUUUGCUGCCAAAGCGAAGGCGAAGAGAACUGGGUGGAUCCGCAUGACAACUGGUCGGGCUUGGUGCAAGAUUUCAGUCACCCGGAAGGAUUUUGUCAAUGUCCUGCGACUCCGGAGCAGUCUCCUGCCGCCCUAGAGGAUGGCCUAGCCCUUAUAUACUUCAAAAAGUUCGUCAAUCAAUUGUUCCAACGCCAGCGAUUACAGUACGAUGCUAAAUCAGCGCUCUACAAACGCUCAAUACUUUUUUCGCUGAUGCCAUCGCAAUUGGAGGAACUAGAGAAGGUGAAGGAUGCCCGGGAUCUGGAUAUUUGGCUCACCAAAAUUAUGGAGCGUGCCGUAAUACCGCCACUGUUUACGGGCCAGUCCGAAUAUUCUUAUUUCCGCCAGGGUGUUCUCUCCUUUUUAUUGGGUAUUUUAAAGUUCAUCGUAGCGCUGACAAAAAUAUCCGAGGUUCAAUUUAUGCUAUUUGCAGCAUCAGCCAUUGGACUUGCCUGCCUUGUGCGCAAACGUUACCGUAUCGGGCUAAUUUCAAUAGUUUUUGGAGGAAUUUUUUUAUGUGGAUAUAUUUACAAAUAUUUAGAGUGCAACAGAAAAUUAGAAGUCGAAGCCAUGGUGGAAGUUCUGACUGGGAAUAGCGCGGAAGUGUCCUGGUUUGGAAAACUGAAAGGAGUAUUCUUUUCACAGGAUGACGCAAAAAUCGAGAUGCUUAAAAAAUCUUCAAAGAUGAAUCUUUCAAUCUGUAUGCCUGAUCAAGUUCUUUUUAUGUAUUUGAACGACCUGUUCAUUAAACAGUUAGAAAUGUUAUUGGAAAGGAUGUCCGAAACUAUGACUAGACUAUCGUUUGGAUUAUCGUUUCCGUUUAACAUCCUCUCGCCUAUUUUAUUGGUGGCCUUGGUUAUGUACAUUAUAAAGUUAACUUUUAAGUACAUCGUCAGCCCUAAGGCUUGGGCCUCAAUUCUUCACAAAAAUCCAACCCCGAUUAACACACAAACUGCUCAGCAUUCAAUCAGGAAUAAGGAGCCUGUCACGGACAGCAUAUCGGGUGAAAACCUAAAGAUGUUGUUGAAUGUAAUGCACGUGAACACUGUUCAGCAGCAGUCAAAACAAACGCCGAGACUACCCGCCGUUUCGGGGGUCCAGGAGCUAGUAGAACCGGUAGAGAAUCCCCCUUCACCGGAGAAAAAAGAAAAUAUAGAUGUCAGCGAUUCCAGCAGCAAAAGCAGAAACAGCAGCGUUAGGGAAGAAGAAGGAUUCACGCUGGUCGACGAUCACGAAGAUGAUUAUAAUGAUAAUAUGUAGCGUUAAGCUGAAAACUUAAUUUGUAUUAUAAGUGUUCCAUCCGUUAUUUUUUUUUUCAGUCAGAGUCCGUCAAUGCUCGGCAAAUAAUUCAGUUUUUUAGUUGAUUUGUCGUAGUUAAAUUUUUAUUUAAAUUAUUUUGCAUGUUCUUAUUCUUCUUUGCACGAUAAGUGUUAUUAAGAUAAAUCUUCAACAAUAAGAUCUUUUAAGUAGGCCACCAAACUGUUUAUAUUUUUCUUGUUAUUUACGCUGCCGGCCUUUCAAAAAAUCGGAUAUAUUUUCUAUGUAACUGGUUGAUCCUUUAUAUUUACAACUUGGCGCUCAGGCGAUUAUUUUUAUAUUAUUAGCAGUGGGCGCUCCGUGUGAGUUGCAUAUUAAUUGAAUGUAAGCAAUAAUUAAAUAUUCGGUUUUCAAAUCUUGUAAAAUCUAAUUCAAUAUGUAUACAACUAAUAUAAUUAUAUAUCUAUGUAUAUAGAUCUAUAUGAUGUGUAUAUAUUUGUAAGUAAAAAUUAGAAAAGAAUUUCGGUGUAAAUAUAUUUAUUCGUUGUAUUUUAAAUCAUGCACCUAAAAUGUAUUAUGUUUUAAUUACAAUUCAUUGUUAUUAUAAUUUGUUUGCAACUAAGUACUUUUACGCAUUGGUGAAAUGUACUGUGUGGAAAAUGUAAUCCAUUACACGGCACAUACUAAAUAGCCAAAACCCAGUUUGCUGUCUAUAAUUAAAAGUACCUAAAACUAGGAAAACACGAAGCAGAACCCAAAGCAUAGGCAGGCUACCCAUAAUUCUCAACUAAGGCUGGCAUAUUUUCAAUCAAUAGUCCAUGUCUAUGGCAAACCGAGAGAAUUUAUCUAAAUUGAUUUCACAAAUCUUAUACGCAAAUUGGUCCGCUAUCAUAAUCUUGAUUAAUAAUUUCUCUACUCGAAUUCAACAAUUUAUUUUAGAUCUAGUGUGUAAUUUCCACCUCUUGAUUUGUAUUGGCUGUUCUACUUAUUUGUCCGGCACUGCUGGACGGCGGACCAGCAGCCAAAGAUACCAGUUUUGAUGAGCAACAUCAUAAUUAAUGUAAUUACUUGCCCAUUUGUUGGCUAAUUGGUUUAGCAGCGAUUAAAGCAUAUCAUUCACUUAGUCUGAUUGGUAAAAUUUAAAAACUAAUCGUCUUAAUAUCAAACAACAGCAAACUAUGCGAAACAAUUUGUUCAACUCCUACGCCUACGCACAAGCCAAUCAACGAUUUAAAACAACGAAUACCACAAUUGGGAACGGUUUGUGUUAAGUUAUACAUACGUACGAUACACAAGUGUUUUUUAAAAACAGGCAACUUAUAUUCCUUCUAUGCUACUGCAAAAAAUGCACCAAAUGCUCUUCAAAUAUCCUUCGAUGUACGUGUUCCUUGGCUCACUUGAUGAAUGCAAUUUUUUUUGAACUGAAUUCUGACUUAGGCUAACUCUCUAUCUGAUCCUGUCGAUUUUUGCUGCUAUUAAAAUGCUCUUGUCAAUAAAUUUCAGCAAAUAAGUGUAAAAUUGUACAUACACAUUUAAUAUAAUACAAAAACACAAUGCCAUCGCGAA